AUGACAACGAUGACGGUGAAGCCCCAAGUCUGGAACCAAGCACUCAGAAUCUCUCUACCAAAAUACCCAGAAAGACGCACUAUUUACCCAUCGGCCUCGUACUUACACAGCCCAUCCGAGGAUCAAGUAUCACCCGAAUGGCAAUCACAAAACAUGGCUGGCCUUGCCCACGGUGAUAAACAGUACCUAACAGCCACCUCUCCUUCAUCCACGGAGCAGAGCCCCACUUCAACGCCCCGAACCCCAGGGCCAAGCCCGCGCGUGUCCCCGCCACGACGAUCCGAACCCCCGCGGCUCCCCCAACCUCCCCCCGGGAGCCCCUGA